CACUUUCUUUCUUUCGUACACGCGACAUACACCGAGAAAUAAUGGAUUCACUUACGAGCAAGAAGAGAAAAGCAGAAAUCACGAUACUGGACGCAACAUCUACUGCCAAAACGUCUCAAUCUUCACCUUCCCCUAAGAGCCGUCGGGUGAGGUCGACUGGUGAUAUUAACGAUAACGCUAGUACUAACGACAGCAACAACAACAGUGAAAAAGUAUCUCCAUCAAAAUCAAGGCUUCAGCAUGGGCAGGAUCUAUCACAUCUACAGCGGCCUUCUUUUCAGGUCACUGAUCAUCCAAAGCAGCCACCAUUGAACCCUAAGUUUGAGCGCCCUUAUACUAGGUCUAGCAGCUUGCUCGACCAUAGUCCUGACUCCUCAAAGCCUCAAGAGAAUGUUGCAGCUCUAAAGUCAACCAGAAAAAAACAUAGACAUGUAGAGGAGUCAGGAGUGCCCGCAUCAUCACAGUCAUCGAAAAUUGCGUCAUCAUCUAAAAGCUCGAAGCGAACGUCUGGAGAAGACCGACGCCAGUCAACGGACGAGCCGGAAGGCAUUUCAGCCAUAGCACCCACCACGGCACCUCAAGAAUCACCAAACAACAAUGUCCAGGAAAGCCAUAGUACGCCAUCAAAUGCUGUAUCCCACAAGCCUUUGGCGGCAACUGAUGUUCCUGUUUCUAUACCUGCUCAGAUUGCAGUCGUAGAAGCUUCUCCAAGCAAGCGCGUCGCAUUCUCUCCUUACAGACAAAAGUCUCCAUUGUCGAUCCCCAGCGCGGCGUCUACUCCCAAAUUGAAAGGGAUUCUUAAGUCACCAGCUCCGACACGUGUUUUGAACCGAGACCAUGAGCUUGAUAGCACUGAAAUGAGAAACCCUUUUGUUGUAACUACAGAGAGCGAUUAUUCGGAAAGAAAAUCCUUUGUAAAGGAAGCUCUUGAGUCACUGCAGUCUGAGGAUGCUCAAAUACGCUCAUCAGCCUACCUUAACUUGCAGGCCAAGUUCAGAGAGGGCGAUGAAAACCCUUUCUAUCUGAAGGAAGUCAAAGAGUCAAUGCGAUUGUUUGCGAGGUAUCUCAUGAGGGAUUUAGAUCUAAAUAGCCCUCCGAGUUUGAUUCAGGCGACACUGAAGUGCACAGGCUACUUUCUUUUCAACCAGAGAAUUGUCGCGAUGUUUACUUCAAAAGAAAUCGAGGCUCUACUUAUACAAAUCUUACAUUUGGUCAAUGCGGCGGAUGAGAAACCAACUUGUAAUUUGGCGAUCUGGACUCUUUCCUCUACCAGAAUCCCUCCAAGACUCUUGUAUCCGUUUCUCCCGCAAAUGAUCGAGGCUUUCUUGGACAAUCUGGAGUCCCGAUUCAAGUCGUCAAGUAUUACGAGUGAAUCCUUAGGAGGCAUGUUUUCCGUAUUUACACAAUUUCCGAAUGAAAUUGUGGCAACAGUCCAAUCAUGGCUCAUACCUGUACUUACGAGGUUAAUAUCACCCAUUCCUGGUAUCCGGUCAAGGGCGCUGGAGCUGUUGACAAUGGCGAUCCCUAAGUUGAUUGAAAAGGAGGAUCCGAGGCGAAUACAGGCCGUCAACGAAUUCAUGGAUGAUUAUAGCACUGAGUUCCUUGAGGUUUUGACAGCAAACUUUCUGGAUGCUAAUGAUGAGGUUUACGCCGUCACUGUCUGGGGCGCUCUGGUCACAUUAAUGGGAAAGAAAUUACAAAAAAGUCCAUUGCUCAACCCCAUGCUAAAGAUGGUGGAGAAAUGUUUUAAUUCGACAUCAUCCGCGAGGACAGAAAUCAAAAUGGCUGCGUUUCAAGCAUGGACGCGACUCAUAUAUAAUUUUGCUAUUGGUGGACAUAUCGCAAACGAAAAGCCUCUUAAACUAAUGCUUACCCCAUUCGCAAACUGCCUUUUUAACGAAAGGCACAAGCGCAUUCGACUAGCAUGUUUCAACGCCUGGAUAUCCCUUAUUUAUGCCCUCGGUUCCAGGCUAUCAAAGCACGCAGAUCAGGUCCUAUUUCCUCAGCUGAAACUUGCGAUUGUGGACGAGUCUGAGCAUGUCCGUGACCUCGCGCUCAGACUCAUUGUGGCUUUGAUCUCUAAUUCUGGUGGCCAAGACCUUGUGGAAGGGCGCCAGAGUAUAGUACCUGGAUCAAUCACAUUUUCGGAUCUAGGCUGUGCAGAGGCAUCUUGGGUACGUACGGACUUGCUGGAUAUUUGUCUGGACUGUGUUUACCAAACUGUUGGCCUACAACAUAGGAUUCAGGAAGCAGCACGCGAAGAUUGGAAGGUACUUGGAUUGACGGAGCUACCUCUGCUUACGCAGCGGUGUGCGACGACUUGGGAAACCAUCGUGAGAGCCAUCCGAGAUAUUAAUCUGCAAGAGAAGGGUAUGAGCGCCACUUCUGAGGCAGAUCGUGCUCUGUCAUCACUGCUAUUUUUUGUAGAAAAAUUGUCACGGUGCAACCCGAAAGCACUCAUCCCUGGCGAAUGGCCGAACUGUGACCCUGAGAAGCUUGCACUGUUGAAACACGAUACAGAAUCGACAGGAUACAUCAUUCGAGCGGACAUCAUACAUUAUUUCCUUACUUGCGUUAUUGAGAUUUUUUCUCCCAGAACGCUUAUGUCUGCUCGAUAUCAAGUUCGAGACAAGAUUCACGACGAUAUUUAUAAUGCCAUCUAUCCUGUUUCUGAACCAACAUCACAGACAAGUGAUGUGGCCCCGCUUCCUCAAGAUGAGGGCCUAAGAAGUGGUGUCAUCUUAUCGCCGCUCGAAUUCAUUCUCAAGAGCUGGCUGGCGACAGGUGAAUCAGUCAUUGGGACUGCAUUAGAGGAUCCAUUCUGGCAAGCCAUAUCAGCCUUUGUGGAGUUUUCAACUAAAGGGAUCAAUGCCCUCGGUCCGCUGUACAGGUGUUUGGAUCAUAUUGAGGACAUUCGAAUGAAGAGACAUACCACAAACACCAGUAUUUGGCCUGAGUAUUCCAAUGAUCCAAUUACGCCAACGGCAUUCCGCGUGUUCCAGUGCAAAUUCUGGGCUAUAGUCUCACAAAAACUCAGAGCAACUAUCAGUAGAACUAACCAGAUUAUAGAUGGUACGGUGACAGGAUAUGAGCAGGCUUAUGUGAGCUUUAUCAAAUUUAUGAUGUAUCCAUUUAUGAUUCUGAGUGAUCCUAAUGACAUCAAACGAGAUAUACCCGACAUGGAUUACAGUCAACGCAUGUUGGACAGUCAAGAUCCAGUGAUUACACAAAUGGUUCAGUUCAUGGAGACAUUUAAGGCCAUUUCUUUACCUACUUGGACUGAGCUGCUGCAGAUUUUUUAUAGAACCGCACAACAUAAACGGAGUCAUGGUAACGAUGUAAUGAAUACAUUAGCUGCUCAGAUUCGGGAGCUGUACGGCAGGAGACAGCCAUUUGUUUGGAUUCAGUCAUUUAGCGUGGCAUGUACUAGCAACAUUGUCGAUACAUUAGUGUUGCAUGGUUUUAAGGGGCCAUCAGCACAGAAGUCAUCAGUACCCACAUCAAGAAAUACCACUCGUGGACACCGCAUUAAAGAAAAUUUUGAUGAUCUGCUCAACCUCUGCUCGGACCUAUUUGCGGAAGCAUACGAUAAUGUGAGGUACAGAGCAGAGUUGAUUACCUCCGAAGGUAUUCCACAGAUUCAAGAAGCAGCGUUCUUGCUCAUGGAAAGAACCAUCAACAAAGCCCCUUCGUCACAAAUCAUUCAAUGGCUUCAAGUCCUACAGCCGUCUAUUAUUACAUGGUUUGAUGAUCCCAUGAUGAACAUUCGUAAUCUAUCCAAGAUGCAGCGUCGACCCUACAGAGCUAGGAUUGAAACUAUGUGGACUCGGUGCAUUUUAGAAAAACUACUCAAAUGUUCGCCAUCAUCGAUCGGCGUAGGUGGUCCGAAUUCUGCUUUUGGUUCAGUGCUUCCGGCGCCUCUGACUACAAUUCGUGGCAUUUAUCAACAUAUGCAGCAAAAAUGGCAAAAGGCUUCAUCUGCCUCGAAUCCAGCUAAUCCAGUCUUGGAUACCAAACACGCUGCUAAAGAUGUUGACUCGACCUCCGGGCCUUUCAACUCUGAAACAUUAGCUCAACUGUCUCCAUUGCUGUUUGCUGCACUCAACUCUCAUCACAAGUCAAUCGUCAAUAAGACACUGGAAUUCUGGAAUCAAACAUUCGGCAAGUCUAACACUGAUCUAAAUUAUCCUGAGGACAUUGCUUUAAUCAUGCAGCAGCUUAAGCUUGUAGCGACAAUCAGUCUUCCAGGAUGGAAAUUCGGAGACAACUCACAGACAGAAGUCCCACAAUUCGCAUCACUGUCACAGGAAAUGCUAUCACUUCCUCAAGAGCUCCAUGUGCGGUCUGAAUCGGGUCUAUCGAGGCUAUUGAAAGAGAAGGCGGCAGUUGCACGACAGCUCUCGAGAAAAAAGAACAAGCAGACACAAGGAGUAGGAGUUGGCGAUGCAGCUACUUUGACAGGUUUGCAGGAUGGAGCAAACAUCAGUAGUAGUAGCAACAAUACUAGCGGCGCAGCCACUCCAAGCUCGUUGUCAACACCAAUCGGUAGCAGGCCUCAAACUCCUCUGAUCCAUACAGACUCGUCUGUACAGCAACUCGACGUCAAUAGUGAUAACAACAAUAUCGAUCCCGAUAUUGGCGCAUCACCAACCAGAAAAUCCGAUAAAGGUAAAGAGAUCUGGGUUGCAAAUCCUCAUAAGGCGAAUCCUGAUCCAAAGUUGAUGAAUGAGCCGGAUAGUGCUGAGAACUCUAUGGAUGAAGUUGAGGUAUUCUCGCCCUCGAAACGAGCUCAGAAAGCAUUAGCCAUGAAAGAAACACAAUUACGGCCUCCCUCUACGAAGAACUCGCUUUCGAAGCCAGCGAAUACAACAACGACCAAAAUUAAUGACACGCACAUUAAAGUAAAUGAGACCAAUAGGGUUAUGGAUUUGUCAACACCAGCAUCAACAUCUGCAUCUGCACUUGCAUCAGUAUCAGGGCCUAGCAGUGUCUACUUUAGUGCAGGUUCCAGUCCAAGAGACAACAAUAGUAAAGGCAACGAAGAAGUUGUAACGCCGACUCCGUCAGAGGGCUCAUCACCAUCGGCUACUGCAUCAAUCCAGCGUGAUAAUGCAGAAAUAAGAACUAUGGAGGAUCGACGGAUCCGAAUAGAGGCACCAGGCAAUGUCAAUGGCGGCGCUGAAAUACCUAAAUUGAUUGAGACUGCCGAAGAAUUUUUAAAGACGGUUCAGCACCUUGGAGAGGCGCGCAAUGUCGUCAAUCAGAUGGACACGAGACAACUCUUUGAGCUACAAAGGCAAUUAAUGGUGUUGAAUCAGGCCGCGCAUGAUGCAUUGAGCCAGAGUAUGAUGAAAGAUGCCAGAAAGUGAUUUUUUUUUUUUUUUU